UCAUACAUAUGUACAAUUAUGGAACGGCUUCCAAUUGUACGUUGUAGGCUAUUAUUAUUAUUAAUUUUUGUAUUUCUGUCUUUUGCUUUUGGUUUGAGAUUCGUGGUCGGAAAUAUUGCUUGUCACCUUUGAGUUGGGCACGAAACGACGCAACGAUUUCGAAAUCAAUAAGCCUAAGUUUCCUCCUAAAAAUAGACAUCCAUUAGGUGAGUAAUGAGCACACUUGUGUGUGUUUGUGUCAAGUGCGAAACCAAAGUGAACAAUGCAAAUCCAUUCGAUGUGGCAGAUUAGUAUACUUGGCGCUACCAAUUCACAUCCGCAUCAAGAGAACUUGUUCUUAAGCUCCGUUUAGUUUAGAUCGGACUAUAAAUGUGGCGACCCGACUGUAGAACAGUAUCAGUCAACGCACUUCAAUCUUUCAGAACGUUCGUCGUCCCAACAACCCAAAACAACUCAAUCAACAUGAAAUUCCUCAUCUGCUUGGCUCUGUUCGUCGCCGUGGCUCAGGCUCAUGUUGUGGCCCCGGUUACCACCUAUGCUGCUGCUCCAGCUCUGACCUAUGCUGCUCCCUCAGUCUACUCGGCAGCGAUUCCUCGUGCCUACACCGCAUAUGCUGCAGCUCCAUCCGUUUACUCCGCCUCGUACGUUGCGCCUUCGGUGUACUCCUCGUAUGCCGCUCCAAUUACCACCUACGCCGCUGCUCCCGCCGUUGUCUCCACGCUGCUGAAGAAAUAAAUCGAUCAAUCCGAAUCCGAAUCCACAUCCGAGUCCAAAAACAUGAUAUGCAAAUUGAAAUAUGCCAGAAUAAAUUGAGCUGAAAUUAAGAUUGACGUAAGGUUUUAUUUGAUCCGAAACAAGCGUGAGGCGAUUAACGGAUUACACGAGUGCUCGCCCAAUCCGUUGAAUAUGACUAUCGAAUAAGCGACAACACAAUUGAAUAUUCAAUCGUAUAAAGCCUGACAACAGCAACUUUGACAACAUUUGGAAAUACGAAUACGAUUAUCAUCGCCUUCUUCCAUUCAUUCUAAAGAUAUUUAACUUGGGCCCAGUUAUAAGUCCACUUUGAACUGGAUUUGUUUGUAUGCUUGGGGCAUGAAUCCAUUUAGACGUUAAUGCUAUGCAAAUGAAUUAUAAUGGGACAGCGACACACACUCACCCCAGGCUUUGAGGUCGUAAUCCGCACUUAA